GACACAUCUCGGUAGAGUUAGGGGAGAAAAUAGAAGAAGCAGAGAGAUGCUUAUCCACUUCAGAGGAGCUACUGCUCGCCACCACCACUUCAUGGCUGUAGCCAUUUCACUUGUUCAAUCCACUCUCUUCUCCAAACCCUCCAUUUUUCUCCGCAGAAAUGCCCUCAAUGGCUUUUCCUUUUCCAUUCCUUUCUCCUCUUCUUCUGCUCAGAAGAUUCAGAGUCACAAGUGGAGGCAACCGGUGGUCUCGGUUCUGGAGCUCGGUGGAGUUGAGAUUGGCAAAGAUGAUGUGGUGAGAGACGAUCCAACAAACAAUGUUCCGGAUGAAAUUUUUUCAAAACUUGGAAUGCAGCUUCACAGGAGGGAUCAACACCCAAUUGGAAUUCUGAAGAAUGCAAUAUAUGAUUAUUUUGAUGCCAAUUACUCAAACAAAUUUGAUAAGUUUGACGACCUUUGCCCCAUAGUCUCCACAAAAGAGAAUUUUGAUGAUGUUUUGGUUCCUCCUGAUCACAUCAGUAGGAGUUACAAUGAUACAUACUACAUUGAUCCUCAAACUGUCUUGAGGUGUCACACCAGUGCUCAUCAAGCAGAGCUGUUGAGGAGGGGACACACUCAUUUCCUUGUGACUGGAGAUGUUUAUCGUAGAGAUUCCAUUGAUUCAACUCACUACCCUGUUUUUCAUCAGAUGGAAGGUGUUCGUGUCUUCUUGCCAGGUGAUUGGGAGGCAUCUGGAAUGGAUGGCACAUCUUAUGCUGCUGAGGAUUUAAAGAAAUGUCUUGAGGGCUUGGCACGGCACUUGUUUGGUGAUGUGGAAAUGCGCUGGAUUGAUACAUACUUCCCUUUCACCAACCCAUCAUUUGAACUUGAGAUAUAUUUUCAGGAGAAAUGGUUGGAAGUUUUAGGUUGUGGGGUGACAGAGCAAGAAAUAUUAAAGAAAAGUGGUAAAACAGAUAAUGUUGCUUGGGCUUUUGGGCUUGGAUUGGAACGUCUAGCAAUGGUUCUAUUUGGGAUACCAGAUAUUCGGCUUUUCUGGUCAACUGAUGAGCGGUUCACUUCUCAAUUCUCAAAGGGCCAGCUAGGGGUCAAGUUCAAGCCAUUUUCAAAGUAUCCUCCUUGUUAUAAGGACAUGAGUUUUUGGAUUAAUGAGUCAUUCACAGAAAACAAUUUAUGUGAGGUUGUUAGAGGAGUUGCUGGAGAUCUUGUCGAGGAGUAUCUUUUCUCCUUUGUGAGGGCAGAUAACUGGUUUGGGUCCCCUGCAUCAUUUUUCACAGGUUUCAGAGCUGCUGUAUGUGUAUAGAAAAUAAUAUGUUCUUCCUUCAUAGCUUUAAGUGCCACCUGGAGUUGAAUAUACAAAGAUGAGUGGGAUGACUCUAAAUGGUGGACUCAUGAAGACCUCCACUCUGAUUCGUUGAUGCUGAACAUAUAAUUGUGAUGAUCAUAUUAUUGUAACACAACCACAUGAACUUGGAAAAUCUAGUCAGCUGAGUCAUUGACAACCUGAAUUGUCUUUGGGAGCAUCCAGUAUCUUUUCUCCUUUGUGAGGGCAGAUAACUGGUUUGGGUCCCCUGCAUCAUUUUUCACAGGUUUCAGAGCUGCUGUAUGUGUAUAGAAAAUAAUAUGUUCUUCCUUCAUAGCUUUAAGUGCCACCUGGAGUUGAAUAUACAAAGAUGAGUGGGAUGACUCUAAAUGGUGGACUCAUGAAGACCUCCACUCUGAUUCGUUGAUGCUGAACAUAUAAUUGUGAUGAAAGGGGACUUUGGAAGUUAAUAUUCUUGUGAAGUGUUUCACAUAUUGAAAGUUUCAUAAAGAGGUUAAAAUUGAGAAAUUACUAUUCUCUAUCUAAUUGGAUUGAAGUCAAUUUUUCAUUCAAAAUUUAUCAUCUAUUCCAAGAUGAUUGUUACCAAUCUGAUCUAUAGUGAAACAGUUGCCAUAAUGGUCCCUGUUCCUCCCUGUGCCUGAAAGUGGAGCUUCAUUGUGAAGUUUUCUAAACUAUUAG